AUGACGAUGAAGACGAUGAGAUUGGCCAGCAUCCACCUCAGCAGCGGCAGCACAGCCGUCACUUGUUCGGACAGCCUGAGCCGGAGCCGAACCAGCCUGAGGAGUGAGACGGCCAGCAGUGCAGCAGGUCACAGUCACCACCAUCAUCAUCAUCACCAUCGACGGCAGGCGAGCAGUACCAGCAGCACGAGCUGUCUGCUGGUGGCGAGACAAACGAGGACGGAUGAUGACGAAACGCCAGAAGAGGAGGCGGCUGGCACAACGGCGACCUGUAACACCGAAGACGAACGCCAUCCGGAGAGCGCAUCGACGCUGUACGUCGAGAACUGCCACUGUUCGCGAGGGAACCUCACGACCACCACCACGACCGAUGACGAUGAAGAGCUGCAGCAGUACUUUAUCAACCGAAGCGUAUCGAGAAGGCCCUCGAACGUCAGCUCAACAUCACGGGUCAGCCAUCGGAGCAACCGAAGCACACCCCGAAGUGGUGGCGGAGGAGGAGGAGGAGGCGGCAGUGGCGGAAGCAGCCGAAGUCGACAGCAGUCCAAGCGCGCUACUCCACUCAGCGGUGUCAGCUGUUGUAGCCAUCACUCGCAUCAUUCGACACAACCCCAGACAUACCGGAGUCGAGGCGGUCCCGAUUCACCGUCCUUUCUGCAGGACAUGCAGCUACUACACGGCGGACGAGAGCGAAAACUCCUACUGCUCAAUCAGCGGAGAAAACAUCCGACAGAUCCAGGCACAGACCCAAUUCAAACGGCGCUCGAGAUGCGCCAGAAGGAGCACGAGUGGAUACUGAAGCGGCCCGAACAACCGGCACCGCCACCACCAUCCCGGCUGCAACCACUUCCACUGCCACCAUUGCCACCGCCCGACGGGGGCAGUGACUACAACGAUAGCCAGCAGGACGUCAACAGCAUCAACGGAUCGAUCACGUCGAUCAUUGAAAGCACAUCCAGCGAUCAGCCGGGUGGAUCGACAACCACCAGCACGACGACCUCAACCACCCAGCGUCAGCUCCAACAUGUCGGCGAACGUGGCGGGACAAAAAACGGGAGCAGCUCCGGCAGUCAGAUGAUCCUCACACCGUCCAAAAUAACGAUUGAGAACAUUGGCCAACUGUCGGAGAUUGCGGCCAACGACUACGACUUUGACGACAUCGACGUCAGCAUACCGGAGAUGUUCCACUCGCCCUCCAAGAUCAAGUGGAACUUUCUAGCCGGCCUCGAGGAGAACAAAUCCAACAAAUCACGCAUCAGCUCAAUCUCCAGCUUGGUGGACGCGGCCAGCAGUGGGCGCGGACGCAGCGGAACCGAAUCCGGCGGAGCAGACGUCAGCGAAACGGGAAGCGAGCGCAGACGUGACGACAGCAGCGACAACGACUACAGCCCAAACCGUAUCCAGCAUCAACCGCUACCACCGCUUCCAACACCACCACCCCAGAGCUCAUCCAGCUGCAAGAUUGAAGAACUGCUCAAAAAAAUCAUCCCCUUCGGCUUCGUCCGAGUUCAAGACGGUAUCGAUCUGGCGCGCGGAAAAUGA